CCCUCCUUUCCGCUUGGCAGGCUUGUACCCUUCCCUCGUCGUUGCUUGCCUAUCUGGACGCACUUGUGUAGAUGUCUACUGCAUUGUACCCUUUGGCAUCGCUUGUGCAGAUCGAGAAGACACCGUCGAGGGAAGAUGGUAUCCCCGAGGAGUUAGAAUUGGACCUACGGGCGCAUGGGUGCAAGUUGAUCCAUGAGGCCGGCAUUCUUCUCAAACAAAAACAAGUGGCCGUAGCCACCGCUCAGAUCCUAUUCCAGAGGUUUUGGUAUGUUACCUCCAUGAAACAAUUUGGAAUCGGGGAUAUCGGUAUGGGUGCGCUCUACCUUGCAUCCAAGCUGGAGGAGUGCCCCAUCCGUAUGCGGGACCUCAUCAACGUCUACGACGAGCUUCUUCGGCGCGACGCUCACAGGCUCAAGUACUCAACCGGACCUUCCUCCUCUUCGGCGCACGAAUUCAAAUACAUUCCGAUGUCCUACUUUGGGUCCACGUUCUACGACCUGAAGGACGCGCUGGUCGUCGCGGAGAUGCAGAUCUUGAAGCGGCUCGGCUUCAAUGUCAACGUUGUUCUUCCUUACGGCACCCUUGUGAACUAUCUCCGUCUACUAGGACUCACGGAGCGGGAAGACGUGCCCAGCAAAGCAUGGGGUUACCUCAACGAUGCGUUGCAAACACCAGUAUAUGCACUGUAUGCCGUCCCAACGAUCGUCAGUGCGGCGAUCAUGCUGGCGACCAGACAACUCGGGAUUGCCCUUCCUUCCUCGCCAGAAAGCUGCUGGUGGGAGCUCUUCGACGCUGAUUGGGAAGACGUUUGGAGCGUCGCUGGAUACAUCAUGCGAUUAUACCGGGAAAGGACACCUGAGGACCACGCACGAGUCUUGAGCAUGGUAACAAAGAAAGGCGUGCGUUCAUGGCUAGAAGACCAAAAGCCCGCCGUUCUAUUACCCUAGUCAGUGACUUAAGCCCCCUUCCUGUCGUUGUGAUUGCUCUCGAUGCAGUUUCCCGUUGCAUUUCAUCCCUUUCGGUUGUGAUCUAUGAAACAUUACAGCAUGAUCAUUACCCCCCACUCCGAGGUGGCGUAUCGUAACAGCUGUACAACUGACCGCACCUGGGAGAGGGCAAGUACUACGAUACCAUUCCCGGACGAUCGUCAGAAACAAGAGGAUAUGAAGUGAAUGAGACGAGUCCAACAUCAUAUGCUGUAAGCAUAGCAACCCCGACUGCGUUCUACUCGACAGCCUCCACACUGCAAGAACAUACGCAGCUGCGCAACACCACAGAACGUACCAACCAGCCGCUCAGCAGCAGCCACCGCCUUGCUGCUGUUGGACGGUCUGGCCUGGAGUGAUCGUUGUUGACUUUCCGGUGCCAGUCGCGGUCGUAGUGGAGCCCAUGCGGUCCUUGAUCUGCUUAGCCAUCGUCAAGAACGCCUGCUCGACGUUGGUGGCGUUCUUCGCUGAUGUCUCGAGGAAGGGAAUUCCGAGCUGGUCGGCAAAUUCCUUGGCGACGCUGUACUCCACGACCUUCUUGCUAGUCAGGUCGGACUUGUUGCCGACAAGCAGCUUGUUGACGCCCUCCGAGGCGUAUCUAUCGAUCUCCUGAAGCCACUGCUUGACGUUCGUGAAGGUGUCGUUAUCGGUCACGUCGUAAACAACAAUGAUACCGUGCGCGCCACGGUAGUAGGACGAGGUGAUAGUGCGGAAGCGUUCUUGACCUGCGGUAUCCCACUAUGUGCACCAGAAAGGACAAGAAUGUCAGAUGAAAGUCUUCGUUUAUGUAUUGCAGAAGGACAGUAUGCCAGGGUCUUUCCGAGGCUGCCGCUCGAUGUUCAAAGUCGGACCACGAAGCCAAGCCGGUCAAGCGCAUGGCAAACAGCGCUCCCCAUCCUGGC